CCGAUUGGCUGCUUGGUCUUCCGUGCGUUCCACGGUGGAACGCGGAAGUACCGCUAAUGAUAUUGUAUUGUGUGCUAUGGACGUUAUGCGUUCCAGUAUGGAACGCGGAAGUGAGUUCUUUUUCUACAUCCGUCUGAAAAGAUCAUCUCGUCCAACCAAUCAAAAUGAGGCAAGACCGAAACCCGGAAGUAAAGGUUUUUCCGCGGUCAUUUCAAGAUUGUUUGGAGGCUUAUAA